UUUCUCAUAAAUUGAGCCACAAACUUUCAUGGCAUUUGAGAGUGCUGGAGUUUAGGGUUUAGAGUUUAUGGGUGGAAUAUGAGGCUUUUGUGAGGGUUGCAGGGAUUUUCGGCGACUCGCAAGGCUUGUCGCAGAGGAUUGCUGCGGAGUCUGGCUAUGGCGGCCGACACGGCGAGCAGCGGCGACAUCCAGGCUCAACAGCGAUCCCCACCAGAACGUCAGGAUCCCCCGCCUAACAAAUUGCAUUACCUCCGCCCAUCCUACUGGGACGAACGCUUCCAAGGUGAACAGCACUACGAAUGGUUCAAGAACUACUCGCAUUUUCGACAUCUUGUGUUGAAGCACAUCAAACCGACCGACAGGGUGCUGGAGGUCGGUGCAGGCUCGUCGAGGCUGAGCGAGGACAUGUACAGAGAUGGCAUCCGGCACAUCACCUGCACGGAUUUGUCGACAGUGGCCGUGGAGCGAAUGCGGGAGCGGUUCGUCGAUCUACCAGGUAUGGUAGCUGCGGAAGCCGACAUGCUGAACUUGCCUUUCGACGACGAGAGCUUCGAUGUCGUCAUUGAGAAAGGCGCCAUGGAUGUACUGUUUGUGGACUGUGACGAUCAAUGGAGCCCAGAGCCCGAAGUCGCAAAGCGAGUGCGAGGAAUGCUCGCGGAAGCGCACCGUGUGUUGAACCCUACGGGCGUGUUCAUCACCAUCGCCUUUGGCCAACCUCAUUUCCGGAGACCGUUCUUCGAGGCCGAAGGGUUGACGUGGAGCAUGAAGUAUGAAACAUUCGGAGACAACUUCCAUUACUUUUUCUAUACUUUGUACAAGGGGACGAAGGAUGCUGGCGAGUCUUUUUCAUUGGAAAGUAUGGCUGUGCCCCUCUCACUAGGCAUGGAGCAUGAGAACAUGGACAGCGAGGACUAUUUAUUACAGUCUGGUCUAUCUGAUGACGACGACGACGACGACGAAGAAAGGGCUUGUCAGUCUUGAUUUCCACUUCAAGAGUGGGCUCUUGUUCUGACACAGCCAAGGAUUAAGCUGAAAUAGUCUAGGAUUUCAAGGUGAGGGAGUUAAGUGACACUCUUUAUUGGGUGGCGAUGACAUGAUGUAUUUGUUGACACACUUAUGCCAUCAACUAGCAUUAGCAGCGUUCAGAUGCACGGUUACGUUUCAGGCAGGCCGUUGAGAGGAAUGAAAGCAUGCCCGCCGUGCACAAGCUUAUUGGGAAUCGACGCUGCCAGGCGUGUCUCUAGCGCAUUUGCAGGUUUCAUUUGACUGUUUAGUUCUACUCCUAUGGCCAGGUCUUUUAGUUGACCUACACUCCGCUCAGAAGUGUCGCAUGGAGGACUGAUUUAUGUAGCUGUUUAAUCGAACAUAAUGUUCACUUUUAUAGUAGAUCAUGUAGGGGUUCUUGUCGUAAAUUGUCCCAGAGGUGAUAUUUUUUACGGAUUGUUCAGUUGUUGUCAGCUAGAACAUGAACAGGAUCCCCAGUGAUGAGAGGUUUACAGUUGUUUGAAGGGGUUGUUUUCGAGAGCGUCGGUCUUCUGGGUGCGAAUUAGGGGUAGAAGUCAUUCUGUCCGAACACGUUUGAAGGGUGGUUGAUAAAUCGGUCCGUCAACCUGCGAAAUCAAUGUGUAUAACAAUUAAUAGAAUCCUUUAAUGAGACUUACGAACACAUUUGUACUUUCUCGAUUAUUUAAUCUCAUGACAUGCUUGUCCAUUUGGAAUCA